ACUUCCUGUUUCACCCCUGGCAUCCCCCUGCUGUUCUCUCAGUCUUCCAGGAGUGAUUCCUGGCCCAGACUCUGGACCGGGAAAGGAGCAGAGCAGGUUGGCAGACCCAGCAUCCAGGUGGGUUUUUGUCUUGGCUGCUUUAUUCUUCGUGUUUGGUGAUUGGGUUCGGAUAGCUGAUUUCCCAGCAGCAGCUACAGGAUAGAACCAACUACUCAAACUGAUGCUCACCAUGACCAGGGCCUUGGAAGAGGCUCUUCUCCAGCACUUCAUAUACCAGAAGCUGGAAACUGCCUAUGCCAUAUACAAGCCAUUUCCCUUCCUCGAAGGCUUCCGAGACAACUCCUUCAUCACGGAGACAAUGUACAGGGAAUCCUUGGAAGCCUGUAGAAAUCAGGUCCCCGUACCCAGAGUAGUGUACAACAUCCUCACCCACCUGGAAAAGACCUUCAGUCUGUCGAUUCUGAAGACGUUGUUCAGCCGAAUUAACCUGCGUGAAUAUCCCAGUCUGACAACUAUUCUCAAGGGCUUCAGAAGAGUUGUCAUUGCCUACGGAGGAUGCAACAGAGCUGUGCUGACCCUCCUCGAAGCUCCAGCCAACCCAGCAGAAGGAUGCUCCCUCCAGACGCUGCUGCCGCUGCCCCCGCCCCAGAGCCACCAGCUCCCUUCGCCCAGUGUCACUGAACCCAGUUCAUCAGCACAGCAUAGAGCUGAGAUUGUGGGUGAACCAUCCAGCCCUUCUGACCCUGCUGUGGCUCUCCCCAGAGCUACCCAGGAAGGAAGGAUCAUUCCAGAAGACCCACAGGAGACGUUUGGCUCUCCCCCCAACACUGUUCAAGUGAUAACAGAUGACUCUCUUGAACCAAACGACCCCAGAGAGCUCCAGGAGGCAUCCAGCAUACCUCCCAACAAGAAAGGAAAGAAAAGAAAAAGAUGUAUCUGGUCAACUCCAAAAAGGAGACGCCAGAAAAAAAGCCUCCCAAAAGGGAGAGCCUCGCCUCAGCAUAGAAGCCAAGAGAAGCUCCAAGUGGUGGAACAGGCAACUCAAAGGAAGGACGAUUCACCCAGGAAGUCAAAUGUCAUGCCAAGGGCCCAAACGGCAAGCGCUGAAUGUGCCCAAAGCUCUGGACCAGAGGAAACCAGUGAUGACUCACCAGAAAUGAAUGAAGAAAAGAGCCUCCAGGAGGAGCCGCCCAGCACAGCACCAAGCACCCCACAUGGAAAGAGGACAGAAAAAUAUAAUCUUCCAUCUUCAAAAAGAAGACAGGAAAGAAAGCUCCCAAGAACCUCACCUAGGCCCAGAAUCCAAGAGAAACUCCAUGUGGUGGAUCAAGCAACUGAAGGGAAAUGUGAUUCAACCAGGAAUUCAAAGAUCAUGACAAGGGCCCCAAAGGCAAGGACAGAAUGUGUCCAAACCUCUGGACCAAAGGAGAAGAAAAGGAAAAAAGAUGUUAAUUCAAGUUCAACAAGAAGGUGUCAGAAAAACAUUCCUCCAAAGGAAAAACCUGAAGAUGAAACUGUAGAUUUUCUCUCUCCUGAACUUCCUGUGACCUGUGGUGAAGCCAAAGGGAUUUUAUACAAAGAGAAAUUGAAACAAGGCUCCUCAGAGAAGUGCAUUCGGAAUGAGGAGGGAGUUUGGUUCACACCAAAAGAAUUUGAAAUCGAAGGAAAACGGGCAAAUACAAAGAAAUGGAAGGAGACUGUAUAUUGCAGAGGAAAGACCUUAGGAGAACUGCUGCAGAAAGGACUUUUGUUCUGUCCUCCAAGAAGUGUCAAGAGAGAGGGAGAAAACUCCAAGGAAUGUGAGGUGUGUUGUAGAGGGGGACCACUGGUCUGCUGUGACACUUGUCCAAGAGCCUUUCAUGAGGACUGUCACAUCCCAUCUGCAGAGGCAGAGAGGAGCCCGUGGACUUGCACCUUCUGCCGGAUAAAGGAGUCUUUGGGAAGGCAGCCAUGUCACAGGGAAUCUGAGGUCCUGGAGAGGCAGAUGCAGCCUGAGGAGCGGUUGAAAUGUGAGUUCCUCCUCUUGAAGGCCUACUGUCAUCCACAAAGCUCCUUUUUUGCAGAAACCCCACAUAACAUUCGAGAUUAUGGAGAGCCCUUUAAGGAAGCCAUGUGGUUGGACCUGAUUAAGGAAAGGCUGACUGAGAACGUGUACACAGUGGCGUGGUUUGUUCGCGACAUGCGCCUCAUCUUUAGCAACCAUAAAACAUUUUACAAGACUUCCAACUUUGGUCAGAUAGGACUGGACUUGGAGGCAGAAUUUGAAAAGAACCUCAAAGAGGUGUUUAUUUUUUGCAAAGCCAAUGAGAACAGCUUCCAGACUUGUUGACCCUGUUCUAGAAAGACUAAGGUACCCCAACUUCAGGACCCAGAUGACAUGACCCUGGCCAUCUUUAGAUAGCCACUGAGUCUGGGAUGCUAUUGGCUGCUCUCUUGACUCAAAGCCAGAGCCUUCAUACCAUCAUCAUGCCUUCUUUUUUUUGUUUGAUUCUUUCUACACCUAAAAGUGUGUGUGUGUGUGUGUGUGUGUGUUUGUGUAAGAUACACCUCUAAUCCCCAGCCAAAACCACAAGCCCCUUCUUUGUCAGUAUUUCCAUCUCUCUUCUCCCACAGUUAUCUAUUCUCUUUUAUUCAACUAAACUACAGGGAUAAUAGCUUCAGAAUUUCUACAGUCCAACCACUAUGAAAAAGAAACCAAGUUGAAUCUUAAAUUGUGUGGAAAUUAUUUUGUUUCUCUUUUAUAUGUAUAUUCUGUUAUAUUUUGUUUCUGUUAUAGAGAUAUAUAAUUUAUAUAUAUAAAUAUAUUUUAUAUAUAUCACGAUAUAUUAUUUAUAUCAUUAUAUAUUUCAUAUACCAUUGCAGAGAGUAUUUUUUAGAAUUUUGCACUUGUAUUUGUGAAUGAGAUUGGUCCGUAAGUUUCUGUGUACUGUCAAAAUCAGAUGUAGGGCUAUCUCAGCUUGGCACAAGUAUGCCUAAAACUUUCUACCUUUUAUGUGCUCUGGAAUAGCUUAUAAUGUUUUCAAUGAACCAACUCAUAAAAUUAUAUAGCCUACUGUUCUUUGAAGAGGUAAUAUUGACCACGUUCUUUGCUUUUUCAGGGUCAUUAAAUGAUUCAGAUGUUCUCUUGCUUUUUGAACCAGUUCCAAUUUUAGUUUUCUUUUUUUUUCCUGUUCUUUAAAUUUUAUUUUUUGUAAACAUCAAUUUUAGUUUUCUAAGAAGUCAUUCAUGUAUGUGUUGUUUUGACUUGGCCUUAUUUCUACCAUAUUAUUUUAUUCCUUCUCUUCGGAAUACUUUCAUGUGAUUUUGGUCUAUAUUUGCUUUGUUUUUGCCUUCUAUUCUGGAAGACCUUUGUAAGAGUUUUUAAUUUUAAUAUUUACCUGCAAGCUUUCCAAAUGUGUUUUUAACUUACUUUUUAAAUGUCAGAGUCUGGGGUGCUUCGGUGGCUCAGCCUGUUGAGCGGCUGACUUUUGAUUUCAGCUCAGGUCAUGGUCACGGGGUCCUGGGAUUCAGCCCUGCCCAGCAGGCUCGGAGCUCAGUGG